AUGCUCCUUCCUCGCACCCAAGCGCCCCUCCGGGCUGCUUUGGCUGCGUCGUCGUCACGGACGGCGCAUGCUGCAAUCUCGCCUGCCGCCUCGCUGAACGUCCUCGACGUCCUCCGCGCCUCGCUCGCUGCUUCGUCGCCGAAUCUGACUUUCGUCCGUCACGCCACGCAUCAAGCCCAAGGUCGCGCAAACGGUCCCAAGAAUGGUCCAGGAAAGAGGCUGGGAGCGAAGAAGACUGGUGAACAAUACGUCGUCCCCGGCAACAUCAUCUUCCGCCAACGCGGCACGAACUGGUACCCCGGCGAGAACUGCUCCAUGGGCCGGGACCACACGAUCCACGCGACGGCGGCGGGCUACGUCAAGUACUACCGCGACCCGACGUUGCACCCGAAGCGGCGCUAUAUCGGCGUCGUCUUCGAGCGCACACAGACGCUGCCAUCACCCCCGCACGCCGCACGCCGCCGGAGGCUGGGAAUGCUGGCCGUGCCCAGGACUGAUCUCGCCGAGCCGGUCAGUGCGGGAGGCAAUGAGGGCGAUCGGAGGAGCGAGGAUCUGCACGCGCGGGUGCAUCCGGCCGGCGUGGACGUGAAGCAGAUCCCUGCGAAGAAGAAGAAGAAUAUGCCGGUGCAGAACUUGACCUUGCGGCCAGGCUACAUGUACCGCGAGGCCAACUGGGAGAUUGGAAGGAUCGCGGAGCGCUCAGGCGUGGCGGACAAGGUUAGCAAGUUCACGCCUGGCGAUCGGUUCAAGGCAUGGCGGAAGGCGUCGAGACGGAAGGCCAAGAUCGCGGAGAAGAGGAGCAUGCGUAGUAGGAAGGGCAAGAAAUAA